GAAAAAAUCUUUAAUUAUGUUUACAAUUCAAGAAAAUUUGAAUAACGUGGCGGUAGGCUCCUCUGCGUUGAGGAGAUUGAGCUCCCUAUUUUCUCCUCCCUUGCAUCAAUGGACAAACUGGCAAAACUUGUGACCCAAAUAGCCAACACUCCACCCUCUCAGAGCCUAUCCACCCUAUCGCCGCUCCACCUCUCUCUGAUCCCAUUUCUGUCCCUCGCCUCCGCCCUCUACCGACCGGCACUCCACUGCCGGCGACUUCUCUACCGACUUGGGAUCUUACGCCAGCACAGGUUGCCGGUGCCGGUGAUUAGCGUCGGGAAUUUGACCUGGGGAGGCAAUGGCAAGACUCCGAUGGUUGAGUUCAUCGCUCGUUUGCUGGUUGAUUCCCGAAUUCCGCCUCUUAUUCUCACUAGGGGUUAUGGUGGUGCAGAUGAGGUUAAGAUGCUUGAGAGGCAUCUUCAGGGGACGACUGCUAAGAUAGGUGUUGGUGCGAACAGGGCUGCAGUUGCUUCCGAAUUCUUCCAGAGAUAUGGUUAUAUGUGUCGUGAGAAGCUCUCGUCUGAAAAUAGUAAUUGUGCAAAUUCUUAUGGAGAUCAAAUUGGUGCUGCCAUCUUAGAUGACGGAAUGCAGCAUCUUAGUUUGGAGCGUGACAUAGAGAUCGUAAUGGUGAAUGCAAUGGUGCCUUGGGGAAACCAUCAUUUACUUCCUCUCGGACCUUUAAGAGAACCAUUUUCAGCCCUUAACCGUGCUGAUGUUGUUGUAGUCCACCAUGCAGACAUGGUAUCAAAGCACGAUAUUGAAGCCAUAGAGGCAAUGGUUCGAAAAUAUAAUGAAUUGGUUCCAAUAUUCUUCAGCAUGCUGGCUUCUUUGCACUUCAUGAAAGUAGGAAACAUAUCGUACAAAUUGUCUUUGAAGGACAUAUCUCAUACAAUCCUCUUAUGUGUCUCUGCCAUUGGGUUUGCUGAUUCUUUUGUGCGGAGGAUUGAGAAGAUGGGACCAAUGCAUGUUGAUAGACUGGACUUCAGUGACCACCAUCCUUUUCAACCCAAGGAUAUUGACAGGAUAAAAAAGAGACUACAAAAACUGCAAUCUGAAUUUUCUGCAGUUCCAAUUAUGGUGAUAACUGAGAAGGACUAUUAUAGAGAUCCCAAGCUUUUUGAACAUCUGGAUUAUGAAGUACAUGUGCUCUGUUCGCGCUUACAAAUUCUGCCUUUUAAUGGAUGCGAAGACAGCUUCACGAAAUGCUUGAUGCAGCAUCUGGAAUUGCGAUUAUCGGUGUGAUAAUGCAAUCUAAAAGAGAUUAACUUGGCAAAUCUUAAAGUUAAGCACUGCCAUUAGUGUCUUUAAAACACUAACACUAAGCACGUUGAAGUUGAUGCCAAAUGGGCACUUAGAGCUCUUUAGUGGUA